AUGACCCAACCAUGGGCACCACGACCCAACCAUGGGCACCAUGACCCAACCGUGGGCCCCCAACCCCCCCCCAGGUACAUCAGCCCCUCGAUGCUGCAGCACCUCCUGCGCCGCCUGGUCUUCGACGUGCCCAUCCUCAAUGAGUUCUCCAAGAUGCCGCUCAAGCUGCUGACCAAUCACUACGAGCGGUGUUGGAAGUACUACUGCCUGCCCAGCGGGUGGCCCAAUCACGGCGUGAGCUCCGAGGAGGAGCUGCACCUCACCAGGAAGCUCUUCUGGGGCAUCUUCCAGUCCCUGGCGCACAAGCGCUUCGACGCCGAGCUCUCCCGCCUGGCCAUGCCGUGCCUGUGCGCCAUCGCCGGCGCCCUCCCGCCCGACUACGUCGACGCCAGCUACUCCUCGCGCACCGAGAAGAAGGCGGCCGUGGACGCCGAGGGCAACUUCGACCCCAAGCCCGUGGAGACCCUCAAUGUCAUCAUCCCCGAGAAGCUCGAUGGCUUCAUCAACAAGUACGCGGAGUUCACCCAUGAGAAGUGGGCCUUCGACAAGAUCCAGAACAAUUGGUCCUUCGGGGAGGCCGUGGAUGAAGAGGCCAGACGCAUCCGAUGCUGCGCCCGUACAAGACCUUCUCCGAGAAGUUCCCCCGACCCCAUUGAGUUCCCCCGACCCCAUCCACCCCCACGGAGUUCCCCAGCCCCACUGCGCCCCCCUGCGCCCCCAGGACAAGGAGAUCUACCGCUGGCCAAUCAAGGAGUCCCUCAGGCGAUGCUGGCCUGGGAGUGGACGGUGGAGAAGGCCCGCGAGGGGGAGGAGGACAAAGUGGAGAAGAAGAAGACCCGAAAGAUCUCCCAAUCGGCCCAGGCCACCUACGACCCCAGCCACGGUUACAGCCCCCAGCCCGUGGACCUCUCGGGGGUCACCCUGUCCCGGGAGCUGCAGGCCAUGGCGGAGCAGCUGGCUGAGAACUACCACAACACGUGGGGCCGCAAGAAGAAGCUGGAGCUGGAGGCCAAGGCCCAGUGCUCUGCACCCCAUUGA